AUGGUCGGAACGUUUGAGGGGAAUUUGCUUCUUGUUCUUAGGCAGACCACUUCUAGGAGCCAAUACAGCAUCUUAGCUGGUUCUCACUUUCUGCGUGUUUCAAGUCUCGUUCGGCCUCGUCUCCAGUCUCCAGUCUCCAGUCUCAGCGUUUCUUUCUCGUACUCGGUCUCGUUUCUCGGUUUGGGCCCCUUUCUCGUCUCUCGUCUCUCGGCCGUUCCGGUCGCUCUCUCGUAUCUCGUCUCCCUCGUCUUUGGUCUCGGUCCCGUCUCUUCCCCGUAUCAUUUCAUAUCAUCUUUGAUCGACCGCUUUGCUAUACCAUAG